AUGUUCUACAUCAUCCGGGAAGGUAUUUUCUCUGACUUCCACAUUUGUCUCUUCUUUUUCUAUCCUUUUAUUGUCCUUAAAGUCAACAGCAUGCAGGUGAUCUUGGUGACUGAGAUGGCAUCUUCUCUGAAGGUUCUGGUCCCUGUCUUGGUCCUACUGUGCCCCCUAUGGGGGCAGCUUAUAAGUGGCCUGAAAGUCUCCCAGGAGGAGUUCAUGAGACAUCACCAACUGAAUGUACGGAAGGACUUCCUCCAAUACAAAUGUGAUGUCCUCAUGAAGAAAAUAAGGGGUCCGAAAAACAAGGAGUCUCACAUAUUCAUCUAUGCCCCCCGGCAGAUAAUUCAGAAUGUUUGUCUCCGGACUUGGAAAGAACGGUACAGAAAUGUGUAUAUUUGGCUGCAGCGACCCUUCAGAGUACUCACCUGUAAGCUGAAGAAUUCAAAAGCUAAUUACAUAGGGAGGAGGAGCUACAGCUACAUUGAAUUUCAUUGUGGCUUGAGCGGAUUUGUGGAUAGCAUACACGAUAUGGAGGUGCUACAGUUCUCCCCGUAUUAG